AUGGAGAGUGCUGGGCUGAUCGGCGAGCCACUGAAAGAUGCCUUUUCGUUCAUCGACCCCGACGACAAUGUCUAUUACGGUCACGCGCCAAUCAAAAGGACUUUGUUGAGCAUCGAGGAUGUAAACAAUUACCUUGAGCGAAUUCCGGGCCAGGCCAUCUAUCCCGAAACGUCUUCGCGGAUCACUGUGGUGUUCAAUCCAGCAGCUAUAGACGGUUACAUCAAACGUCCAAAGCUGACAAACUUCAAGGCUGAAGACGCGGGCCUAUUGCAUCAGCUACUGCUCAAAGAGGCUGAUGCAUUCGAAUUGCUUCGCCAACAUCCGCAUCCAAACCUCGUCCGAUACCACGGCUGUCUCGUGAAACGGGGUCGUAUCAUGGGCCUUGUACUUCAUCGGUGUUCCACGACGCUAGAAAAGAGGAUGAAGGAGGGGGAUAUAACGCAUUUCAACAAAGAAUCUUGGGCAAAGCACCUCCACACUCUUGGGCUGGCUCACAACGAUCUUAACCCGGCUAAUAUCAUGCUCGACGAACAUGACAACGCUACUGUCAUCGACCUUGGAUCCUGUAAGCGUUUUGGUGAACAACUGCUUACAGCAAGCACGGACGGAUGGGUGGACGAGUACUUCAGCACCUCGGAACAACGGCACGAUGAGGCUGCUUUGAAGAAGAUACAGGCUUGGCUAGAGAGUGAUGGGCGGUCACGUGGUUCCAUCGCGUGA